CUCACCAUCUUCUCUUCUCCGUUUCCUUGCACUCAAAACUACUUUGUCUUGCUUCAAUGGCUUUCUCCUCUCAACACCUCCUCCUCCUCCUCCUCCUCUUCCCUCUCAUCUUAUUCCAAUCUCUGGCCUCGGCAGCUACAUGCAGCAACUGCUUCACCCAAUCGAGGGCAGUUUACUACCCAAACUCUGACAAAGAGGGAACCGAGAAUGGGGCAUGUGGUUAUGGCUCAUUUGGUGCAACACUCAAUGGUGGGGAUGUCUCGGCUGCAUCCAAUCUUUAUAGGAAUGGUGUAGGUUGUGGUGCGUGCUAUCAGGUGAGAUGUACUAAUAGUAACUACUGCUCGACCGAUGGUGUAACAAUCGUGAUCACAGACUCAGGAGCGAGCGACGGCGCCGACUUCAUUCUUAGCCAACAUGCUUUCGCUAAGAUGGGUCAGACUGCUGAUGCAGGAGCCUCUCUAUUAGCUCUUGGCGUGGUCGGCAUCGAGUACCGGAGAGUUUCAUGCAGCUACCCAAAUAAGAACAUCACUUUCAAGAUUGAUGGGAGCAGCAACUUCCCAUACUACUUGGCCUUUGAAAUAUGGUAUCAGCAAGGAAAUCAGGACAUUACUGCUGUUCAGUUAUGUGAGACUGUGAAUUUAACAUGCAAGCUAUUGGAGAGGAGCCAUGGAGCCGUGUGGGCAGUGGUCUCUCCUCCAACUGGACCCCUGUCUAUAAGGAUGCUACUGAGCGGAGGAGAUGAUGCAGAUGAGACAUGGAUGGUGCCAACUAACAAUAUACCACAAAACUGGACGGCUGGAGCAAUCUAUGAUUCAGGAGUACAAGCGGAGUAGAUGCUGAUAGUACACCUAAAAUUAUUGUAUCAUGACACUGAUCAAUGUGUUCGUUAUUAUUCCUUCUGUUGUUUUGCCUUUUAAUUAUGUAAGCCUUGUUGGAAUAAAUACUAUUCUAGUAAUAGACCAAUAAACUUUGAUUUCAUAUUAUUGAACAAA